AUGACAGUCGGCCUCCAGCGCUCGGUUCUCUUGGAGGCACUUUUAAGCCAUCCUUCCAACUCUACGGCCAUCAUCCAUCACGAUUCCCGAUCAACCUACUCCUAUGGUCUGCUGCUCCGCGAUGUAGCCUGUAUCAAAGAGCAGCUUUUGCGCCUUACAGGGAAAAGUGAAACCACAAUUGCAGGCGAGCGGAUUGCUUUCCUCCUGGAAAAUGGGUACGAAUAUGUCGUCACUCUGCUCGCUAUUUUGGCAUCGAGUGCCAUCGCUGUACCAUUGGCGCCGUCAUUUCCAGUGUCUGAAUUGAGGCACAUUCUUAAUGACAGCAGAGCAUUUCUCUUACUGAGCUCUAACAAGUAUCGACAGCAAGCCAAGGCCGCGUUGCAAGAUGGCCUAGAGAAUACACCCUUGUUUCACGAUAUGAGUGACCUGGAUCGAUCUACUGUCGAGGACCAGGAGCUUGUCUUGGUACACCCCGCCAGCUCUAGCGAUGGAGGCAUCAUGCUGUACACCUCGGGGACUACAGGUAGACCAAAGGGUGUUCUGCUAUCAACCGCUAUCUUGACUGCUCAAACACAGAGCCUGCUGGCUGCUUGGAAAUAUACACAAGAAGACCAUCUGCUGCACGUCCUACCACUGCACCAUAUCCAUGGGAUCGUCAAUGCCAUCUUGACGCCAUUGCUUGCAGGAAGCAGCGUCGAGUUUUUGUAUCCGUUCGAUGCUCAAGCUGUAUGGGAACGUUUGGCUAUGCCUUUCCAAGCGACGCCGAUUGUUCCUGCCGGAACCUCUGGCGUUAAGCCGCACGAUUCCAAAACUCCCGUCUCCAUUCUUACAGCUGUACCCACAGUUUGGGCACGAUUAUUACAGCUGUUUCCAAAGCUGAAGCCUACAGUUCAGGAUGCUGCCAGAACGGCAAUUUCUCGGCAUCAUCUAAGACUAAAUAUGUCUGGGUCUGCCGCAUUACCCAAGCCUACACUUGAUGCAUGGACAGAGCUUUCUAGAGGUAAUGUCCUUCUCGAACGCUACGGUAUGACUGAGGUUGGUAUGGCACUAUCUUGUGGCCUUGAUGAGUCGGAUCGUAUCCAAGGAGCUGUCGGCUGGCCGCUUCCAUCCGUGGAGGUGCGCCUAUGGGAAGCCAGUUCGGGCUCAGGAGAUGGCUUGGUCAUUGCCCCGGGUGAAGAAAUCGAUCCUGUUUCCGGGCAAGAGCGUCAAGGGGAGAUCCAAUUGCGCGGUCCUACGGUCUUCCGUGGAUACUGGCGCAAUCCUGCUGCGACAAAGAAAGAGUUCACAGAAGACGGAUGGUUCAAGACAGGAGAUAUUGCCAUACGCCGGAAAGUACCUGGCUCCGGAGAAGGAAAGUCAGGUUCAUGGGCUCGUGGGCCAGCUUACUUCAUCCAAGGGCGCCAAAGCGCCGACAUCAUCAAGACUGGCGGGGAGAAAGUCUCUGCUCUGGAGAUUGAACGCGAGUUGCUGAGUCUUCCACAAGUUCACGAAUGCUCGGUUGUUGGCCUGCCUUCAGAAAGCUGGGGACAAAAGGUUGUGGCCAUUGUCAUGCUUUCGGACGACUGCAAGAAAGACCAGACGCUAUGGGGUCUGACAGACAUGCGGCAGGCACUGAAAGAGCGCUUGGUAGCUUACAAAAUCCCUCAGGAUCUGGAGAUUGUGAGCAAGAUCAAACGUAAUGCAAUGGGUAAGGUCAAUAAGAAAGAGUUAGUUAGCGAAGUCUUUGGGGACGUCGAGAGGAUUCGGAGGAGGAGCAUAGAGAACCGUGAAGAGAGAGAUCGACUGAGAAAGUCCGUUAAAUAG